AUGGCUUGGAAUCGAUUGAGGAUUAGGGGCGGCAGUGGCUUCAUCCCAACACCAUCGCCAUGGAUUUGCAGUGCAUUUGGAGAACCAGAAGAAAAGAAAAAGAAACUAAUUAAGGUAUCUUUUGCGGGUUGUGGGGCAAGCUCAAGCUUCUCGACGGGAAAGCGCCGGUAUAUUGAUCAAGAUGGCCAGCUGGAUAAUUGUCCUCUUGAAGUCGCCUCAGAUAAUGAUGUUGAUUUGAAAUUGAAAAUAUGCAGAACAGAAGGCAGCCAAGUCUUUUUAACAACCAAUUCGGAGGAUAAACGUGAACGGACGCCGGCGGUGGUUCGCGGCGGUUGCAAACCUCGCGUGUUCGGUGACUCGCGGAUGAAGAUUCUCGGCUAUGGCUGCGUGUGUCGUAGAUGUUAA